AAGAGGAGGCCAUGCAUGAAUACGGGAAGGUGUUGGUUCUGGUCUUAGCCCUUCUUGCAUGCACAGUCGACGCGUUUAGUUUCCCCUCGAUAGGAAAAGCAAACCUCCGGAUCCCGGGCCGCAAAGCUGCUCUGCCGAAGAACAAGAUGGCAUUGCAGGCUUCGCCAUCGCAGGCUAGCGCUAACAAGGAGAAAUCUGCGGUCGUCGUUAAAGGGAGCAAAGCUGGAGAACUAGGAGAUGUGGUGCCAUCAUGGCGGGCGAAUGCUGAACUGAUCUUGUAUAUCGUCUUGUGGUACGCAACCUCGGUGGUCUGCACGAACUCGACGAAAUCUCUCGGACUACACUGGGGCCUGUUGACUCUGAUUCAGCUGACCAUCUCUUCCUUGUGCGGCUUCGUGGUGAUUCGGGUGCUGAAAGUCGUUCCUUACCAAGAGAUUGAGAACUUUUCUCAACUCAAGGCAAGUUUGCAAAGACUUCGACUUCACUUCUCGCUGCGAUCUUCGCUGCUGGAUUUAUCACUCUCAACUCGGAAAGUUUCUGCGCUGGGGAUGAUGCAUGUGUCCCUUGUGAUGACGUUGCGAGCAACCGAACCUCUCUUCACCUUGCUCCUUGCCACGAUGUUUCUCAAGACAGAGAAGAUUACCCUGCCCAUGUCCCUCUCCUUGCUUCCUGUGAUCGCCGGUGCUGCUCUAUCAUCUGCCGAAAGCUCAGACUUCAACGUCGCCGGACUAGCGAUUGUCGCUAUCUGCAAUGUCAUGUUUGCCUUCCGCGGAAUCAUCACGAAGAGGAUCAAGGCCUCUCAUCGUGUGGACAACUUCAACCUCUUCUUCCAGGUCUGCUACCUCGGCAUGAUCAUCCAAGCCGUCCUCCUGCUUGCGGCUGCUCCUUUCUUUGGGAUCUCAGGCCUCGACGCCAUCAAGUUUUCGGAUUCCAAGUACAUGACGAUGCUGGCGGUGAACGGCGUUACCUUCUACGCCUACCUGCAGCUCUCCUGGCUCGUUCUCAGCAGAGUUGCCGCCGUCACUCACUCUGUCUGCAACUCUUUGCGCAGGCCCGUCAUGUGCCUCUUCGGAUGGCUGCAAUUCGGCAACGACAUCUCUCCUCUCAACGCCGUUGGGAUCGCCAUGGCUUCAUUGGGUACUUUGAUUUACUCACAGGUCAGGAUAAGCGAGGGGAAGAGCGGGGAGUAG